AUGUCGCGCGCUAAACAAUCAGCGGACCAGAUCGUGAAGCUCAUCGUCGGCGCCGGGCAAGCAACGCCCAGUCCGCCCGUCGGUCCUGCGCUGGGAAGCAAAGGAGUGAAAUCAAUUGAUUUCUGCAAAGAAUUCAACGCCCGCACGGCGCACAUGAUCCCCGGCACCCCGACGCCGGCGCGCGUCACCGUCCGGCCGGACCGGUCCUUCCACUUCGAGAUCCGGACGCCAACGACGACCUACCUGCUGCUGCGGGCGGCGAACGUGGAGCUGAAGAAGGGGAAGCUGAAGGGGAAGAGUGGGAGUGAGAUUGUGGGCAGCGUGAGCCUCAAGCACGUCUUUGAGAUUGCGAAGAUCAAGCAGAGCGAGUUGAGGCUGAGUGGGCUGAGUCUGGAGGGCCUGUGUAAGAGCGUGGUUAGUAGCGCGAAGAGUGUGGGAGUGGAGGUUAAGGCCUAG